GGAUAGGAGAUGCAGCAAAUUCCCUGCAGUCUGGGGACCGGACAGGAGAUGCAGCAAAUCCCUGCAGUCUAGGGACCGGACAGGAGAUGCAGCAAAUUCCCUGCAGUCUGGGGACCCGGACAGGAGAUGCAGCAAAUUCCCUGCAGUCUGGGGGACCGGACAGGAGAUGCAGCAAAUCCCCUGCAGUCUAGGGGACCGGACAGGAGAUGCAGCAAAUCCCCUGCAGACUAGGGACCGGACAUCCAGCUUACAGGGAAUGCAGCAAGUCCCAGCAUUCCUUGCAGUAUGGGGCUCCUCCCCUCCGGACAGGACCGGAUGCAGUGAACUUUGUAGGGACACGUAGGGAUUAUGCCGCUCCCAUCCAGCUUACAGUGGCUUACGGAACUACAAGUCCCAGCAUGUCCUGCCAGUCAUGCAUAUACAGGCUCCUCCCCUCCAGUCUUGCACAGGUGCGCCGGCUCCUCCCCUCCAGUCUUGCACAGGUGCGCCGGCUCCUCCCCUCCAGUCUUGCACAGGUGUGCCGGCUCCUCCCCUUCAGUCUUGCACAGUGUGUACCUUUUCCUCCCCAGCCUGAC